AUGGGUACUCUGAGCAUGGCUCACUUUAUCGCCCGGGCGCUUCAAACAUUGCCUGGAGUGACAACGAAUGUGAUAAGUGAAAAUAAUUGGACCAAAACAUCACAUAGUUUAGGUUCAUUGAGUACAUUUGAUCAUAAUAAUCGUUCCAACGUUAUUUUACAUCUCAGUAGAUGCUACCUACUUUUGCUUCAACAAUGUGAUUAUAUUAAUGGCAUGUUUGGAUUUAGGAUUCUCUUAGGUGCACUGGUUUACCUAUUGGAAAUGGUGAUGUUGAUUAACUUGAUAAUCAGGCUUACGCUCGGCACGAUGAUUAAAACUCUAUUUGUUUCAGCAUCGGAGUAUUAUGAAGCACUACAGGAGCUGCGUGCUCUCGUCAUCUCCCGCCCCGUCCGCUUCAACGCCGUGCACUUCUACACGCUGGACCACUCCACCAUGCUGGCCAUGGGGUCCGCCAUCGUCACCUACACCAUCAUAUUGCUGCAAAACAUACACUAACCAGCUUCUACCUGUUCGCAUCUUUUUUGCAUGCAACCUUUAUGUCCUAAUUAGUAUAAGUUUCUUAAAAUUGGAGGUAUAUUCAAUACGGGAUCCUACUUUUAUUUUAUCAUAGCGGAGAAGGUAACGAGGAUUUACUAGACGGCGCUGAUGAUGAUUUCUGGGUGGUCCUGUAUGCCGUGGUCACUAGAAUAAUUUAAAGGAUAGGGCGUUGCUGGGGCCUUAUUUUUAUGACCAUACUAGCUAAAAGCAGCCUAUAUGUUAAUCCAGAAUAAAACCUUUUUCCGUUCCAAAUUUCAGCCAAAUUGCUUCAGUAGCCGCAGCGUAAAGGAGGAACAAACAUACUUAGGUACACACAAACUUUCGCCUUUAUAUUAUUAGUGUGAUGUGAUUUUAAGACCAUCCCUAGUGGUUCUAUAAAUGAUUUCGAAAUUGGAGGGAUGUCGUAAAUGAAUUCAAUUUUGUACAGUUUUUUAGUAUAAAGGUCAAAAAAUUUACGACAACGUUAACACCAGUCACUAGUAUGUAUAAAAGACGUAAUUUUUUUAUAAGAAAGUCUGUACGAGUAUCAUAAGUAAACGCUAACCAAAUUAUUCAGAUGCUCCAAGGCAAGGCGGGUCCAUACUACGCGGCUCAGGAUGAUAGACUUCGCGCUCUUGUCACAUUACAAGUCAAUGAAAAUAAACCAACAUAAUAAAUAAUAUAAAAAUACCCGACUGCAUAUAAGUAAUAUAAAAACUGAAAAGUGAAAAAAACAAGCUCAG